UUUUCAAACCCAAAAAGAAAAAUUUAUUUAAAAUAAUUCAACACAUUCUCUUAUUUCAAUCCAUUAAAAAUUGCAGACAAUGAGUUCAGGCGAAACCGACGGAUUCACACUAGUUACAGCCAAGUCCAAGCGGGGCCGAGCAGUACAUAAAACCCCCGCCCCAUACCCAACUACCAGUACCACCCAUACUACCAGCCUCUACGCAGCAACAUCAACAGAAUCAACUACACCCACCGCAGCAAUACUGUCCAAAAAAAACGGCCGCACAAAACCCAUUCACCAGCACCAAGACGUAACCCAAUCUGCAAACACAGCAGCGAUUGACUCUCUCAUAUCCAAAAUCGACUCCAAGCGGUACACCAUCCGGACUAGCGGAUAUCUCACCAGUCUCCAACCUCACCUAGAUAUACUUCUCGAGCAUAACCCGGAUGAAAUAAUAUGCUACGGACUUGGUUCACCUCUGGCUUCUACGGUAUCGCAAUGGCAAUUGGCCUUGAUUCUCGAACUCAACCAUGGCCUCGGUACCCUGCCUAUUCUGGCAUUUGACCCAGCGACGACCGCCCAGGAUCACAUAGCACUGGGAAAACUCAAUGUAUCCCUGAUUUCCAUAAAUGAGAAAGCCCAGAGGGCAGUUUCCUGUCGGACAUUGUUUUACAUGCCGCAUUGCGAGCAAUUCCUCUACGAAAACCUCGUAAGAGCGAAUUGGUUCAAGGAGAGGAUCCCCCAGCUGAUCAUUCUGGGAAAUAGGUUUGCCCAGUAUAGGGAGGCACAGGGCCCGGAGGAAUUUAAAAAGAGGUCAGUGUUUUUGGAUCUGUUUUUGGAGUGUUUGGAUACUGUGGUGGAGUUGCCUGGUGAGAGCGGGUUGAGGAUUAGACAUUGUCCUUAUGCGUUCACAGAUACCUGUCUUCAACGCGUGGAUCGGAACAAGCUGGUGUCUAUUGAUUUUGGAAAUGAAAAGGAUGAUGAAGGAGGAAAUCAGCCCGAGCUUGGUUUUAAAAAAACGACUCCUCCAAAACAAAGACCUGUUAAGCGGAUAAAGUAAAUAGAUAAUAUAUUUCAUAAAUCA